AUGACAAAGACAGACGAAAUUAACGAGGCAGCGGCACCGGCCGUGGAUCAGAUGGAGCUAGUGAAGGAUCAUAUGAACUAUGAGCUAGUCGACAAGGAAGUCGCCCAGUAUGCCAACGAGGUUAUUGUCGAAAUUGACGAUGAGACCAACAAACGGCUCAAGAAGUUGAUUGACAAGCGCAUCAUGGCCGUGAUGAUUGUCACCUACUUGAUUCAAACACUGGACAAGGGAACUCUGUCAUAUGCUUCAAUUAUGGGCAUUCAAACCGACCUUCACUUGCACGGCCAGCAGUACUCCUGGUUGACGACCAUUCUGUACCUUAUCAUCUUGACUGUGGAAUAUCCGGAAAAUUGGAUCAUCCAAAGAGUUCCCUUGGGAAAGUGGAUGGCAAUCAACAUCACGCUCUGGGGUAUUACCCUCGCCUUGCAAGCCGCAAUGAUAAAUUUCCAAGGCAUUAUUGCGCUGCGAGCCUUCCUCGGUGUUUUUGAAGCUGCCACUCAGCCGACGUUCACCCUCCUAUCGGGCAUGUGGUAUACUCGUGAAGAACAAGCUGGAGCUGUCACAUUUUGGUUUAUGAUGAACGGUGUAAACCAGAUUGUUGGUGGUUUCCUCGCUUUCUGUUUCUCUCAUGUUCCAAAGACUGCCCCGCUCAAAUCCUGGCAAGCUCUCUUCAUUACCUAUGGUAUCAUAACAGUUUUCUGGGGAAUCUUUGUUGGCUGGUGGAUGCCGGACUCUCCAAUGAAGGCUCACUGUUUCAGCGAAGACGAUAAGCGCUUGAUGGUGGAGCGAGUGCGUAAGAAUCGUACGGGUCUGCAGAACCGCAAAUUUCGCAAAGAUCAGCUGUGGGAUGCCCUUACUGACCCGCAAGUCUAUGCGAUUGCUCUCAUUCAGCUGUUCCUCACAAUCCCGUCUGGUGGGCUCGGCGCCUUCAACAAUAUCAUUGUCUCCUCCUUCGGCUUUUCAACAUGGCAAGUCCAGCUUUUGCAGAUGGUCACUGGUGUAAUUCAAGUUAUCAGCAUGCUUUUGGCCGUGUGGGUUGACGGUCGCUCCAAACAAACCAUCUUCGCUAUGAUGGCAUCUGUUCUCCCCACGAUCGCCGGUGUUAUCAUUCUCUUGACUGUCCCAUUCGAGCACAGUAAGCGUGUCGGCCUGCUAUUUGCCUACUACAUCAUCACUGCAUACUGGGGCUGCGCCGGUCUUGCUCUUUCACUCGUGACACGCAAUAUUGCUGGACAGACGAAGAAAAGCGUUGUGAUUGCCAUCAACUUCGUUUUCUGGGCUGUUGGAAACGCAAUUGGCCCACAGACAUAUCGGUCUAACCAAGCACCGCGGUAUUUCGCUGCAAUUUCGAUUGUGCUUGGGUGCUUUGUGCUUUUGGAGGUGGUCUUGCUGUCGCUGCGGACCUACUAUAUUUACCAGAACAAGAAACGGGAUAAACUUGUUGAGCGUGGCGAGGUAGUAGCAGAUACUGCCUAUACACACUCUUUUGAGGAUGUUACUGAUCGGCAAAAUGUGCAUUUCCGGUACAUCUAUUGA